AUGACAACUACAUAUUCUGUAAAUUCGUCAGGCUCUUUCAUGAAUGCCAUGCAGACCAUGAAUGAUGCAUGCGUUCAAUUGAAAAUGGAGGACAUUACCCAAAUGGUACCAGCUAUAGAUAAUGAAUUAAACAAAGAUAUUAAAUCCGCAGGAAAAUGUAAAUUGGCAGUGCUUUCACAGGAUAGGAAUGAAUGGGAUGAUAUAUUCGAUGAGUUUAUAGAUCCAAACUUUGACAUUAACUUUCUAAUCAGCGAUAAGAAUAAAUCUAGUACAAAGGCAGUUUACAAAAGGCUAUGGAGGUUAAUAAAUUCAGCCUCAUUUUCUGUAUCAUAUGAAGAAUUCACUAGAUCAAUACUCGGUAUAACUAAUGAAUAUGACAACGGUGAUCUCGAAAAAGAGCUUCUAGAUUUUCUAGGCAUGGAAAACAUGGAGUUGAUUUCAUUUUUGGUGGAGAACCGUUCUUUUAUUACGUCACAACCUACAGAAUUUGUUAUACAUGAGCUGGACCAAACAGAGAACCCUAACGAUUAUUUGGAUGAUGGCUUAAUUGCAGAACAGAUUAAAGCCAAUGAAGAAAUAACCAAAAAUGAGAAAUUGGACCCCCUAAGAAAGAUCAUAAAAUAUCCCCAUGUUUUCAGAAAAUACGAAGCUGGUAGUAGCAGUCUAAGUUUUGGAAAUCAAAAGUUUACUUUACCGGAAGGAACAACCAGGCAAUCCUAUCAAACAUAUGAGGAAAUAUGUAUACCAGCAGCUGAUCCAAUUAAGGCCAAGAGUUCACUUUACACAAAACUAAUUCAAGUUUCUUCCCUUGAUAAAUAUUGUCGGACUGUAUUCUCAUAUGAAACAUUGAAUCAAAUUCAAUCAUUAGUUUAUCCAGUAGCUUACCAAACUAAUGAAAAUAUGUUGAUCUGUGCACCAACUGGUGCCGGUAAAACUGAUAUCGCACUUCUAACUAUAUUGAAUACAAUCAAGCAAUACUCAGAGAUGGGGCCUAGUGGAGACAUAGAUAUUCAAUAUGAUGAUUUCAAAAUUAUUUAUGUGGCGCCUUUGAAGGCUUUAGCCGCUGAAAUUGUUGAUAAAUUUAGUCGUAAAUUGGCACCUUUUGAUGUUAUGGUUCGUGAGCUAACUGGUGAUAUGCAACUUACAAAGGCUGAAAUUCUAUCAACUCAGGUAAUUGUGACUACACCAGAAAAAUGGGAUGUCGUAACUCGUAAGUCGAACGGUGAUAACGAUUUAGUAUCAAAGGUUAGACUAUUAAUUAUAGAUGAAGUACAUUUGCUACAUGAAGAAAGAGGCUCUGUUAUAGAAACAUUAGUUGCCAGAACGUUAAGACAAGUAGAAAGCAGUCAGUCAAUGAUCAGAAUUGUUGGUUUAUCUGCAACACUACCUAACUUUAUGGAUGUUGCAGAUUUUUUGGGUGUAAAUAGACAGAUCGGUAUGUUUUACUUUGAUCAAUCGUUUAGACCAAAGCCACUAGAACAACAGUUGAUUGGAUGCAGAGGAAAAGCUGGAAGCAAGCAAGCCAGGGAAAACAUUGAUCGAGUUGCUUAUGACAAGCUAACAGAAAUGAUUGAAAAGGGCCACCAAGUAAUGGUAUUUGUACACUCCAGAAAAGAUACUGUCAAAAGUGCUAGAACAUUCAUAAGUAUGGCUCAAAAGAACAACGAAAUAUCACUGUACGCACCCGAACCAAGUGUAAAAGAUAUUUACUCUAGGCAACUAGCCAAAAAUAGAGAUAAGGAUCUUAAAGAAAUUUUUCAGUUUGGAUUUGGGGUUCAUCAUGCCGGUAUGUCAAGGUCCGAUCGUAAUCUUACAGAAAAACUGUUCAAGGAGGGAGCAAUUAAGGUCCUUUGUUGUACUGCAACACUUGCGUGGGGUGUUAACCUUCCAGCAGAUUGUGUUAUUAUAAAAGGUACCCAGGUUUAUGACGCCAAACGAGGAGGAUUUGUAGAUUUGGGCAUAUCAGAUGUUAUCCAAAUCUUUGGUAGAGCUGGUAGACCAGGUUUUGGGUCUGCAAACGGAACCGGUAUACUGUGUACGUCAGCUGACAGACUAGACAGCUACGUAUCAUUGAUUACUCAACAGCAUCCAAUUGAAUCCAGGUUUGGUGCGAAAUUGGUUGAUAAUUUGAAUGCCGAAAUAUCUCUUGGAACAGUAACAAAUGUCGAAGAAGCUAUACAGUGGCUGGGUUAUACUUACAUGUUUGUACGUAUGAAAAAAAAUCCAUUCACAUAUGCUAUCGAAUGGGAUGAGCUUAUGUCUGAUCCCCAACUAUAUGAUAGGAGAAGAAACAUGAUCAUAGCUGCUGCACGAAGAUUACAUUCAUUACAAAUGAUAGUUUUUGAUGAGGUAUCUAUGUAUUUCAUUUCAAAAGAUCUUGGUAAAAUUGCGUCCGAUUUUUAUCUACUUAAUGAAUCUGUGGAAAUAUUCAAUCAAGUUUCUAACCCACGGGCAACAGAGGCUGACGUCCUUUCAAUGAUCAGUAUGUCUAGUGAAUUCGAUGGUUUAAAGUUCAGAGAAGAAGAAGCAAGCGAAUUAACCAGACUUGCCGAAUCUGCUGCACCGUGCCAAAUUGCUGGCGAUUUAGAAAGCAAUCACGGUAAGACAAACAUUUUACUACAGGCAUUUAUAUCUCAAAGUAAAAUAUUUGACUCUGCGCUUUCUUCGGACUCAAAUUACGUUGCUCAAAAUGCUGCGAGAAUUUGUCGUGCUUUAUUUUUAAUUGGUCUAAACAGGAGAUGGGGUGUUUUUACAAAUAUUAUGCUUAAUGUGUGCAAAUCCAUUGAGAAACGAUUAUGGUCAUUUGAUCACGCACUUUGCCAAUUUGAUCUACCAGAAAAUAUUUUAAGCCAAAUAAGAAACAAAAAUCCCACAAUGGAUCGACUUCUUGACAUGGAUCCAGAAGAAUUAGGCGAAUUAGUACAUAAUAAAAAAAUGGGUCACAAAAUUUUCUCUCUUUUAAGUUACUUUCCACAAGUUGAGAUUGAUUCGGAGAUAUUCCCGAUCACAUCAAAUGUAAUGAGGGUCCAUGUAAACUUAACGCCCACGUUUAUAUGGAAUCUGAGGAUUCAUGGGGAGGCUCAGUUUUUCUGGGUGACAGUGGAAGAAUCCAAUAAGUCUCAAAUUUUGUAUUUUGAAAAGUUUAUCCUCAAUAGAAGAUCAAUGAAGAACGAUCAUGAACUUGAUUUUAUGAUUCCACUAUCCAAUCCAUUGCCACCUCAAGUCGUGGUAAAAGUAGUUUCAGACACAUGGCUGGGCUGUGAAAGUACAAGUGCAAUUUCAUUCCAACACCUGAUUCGACCAUAUAAUGAAAAUGUAUUAACAAAGCUACAAAAGUUGAGACCAUUGCCAGUUUCAGCACUACAUAACCCAUUGCUGGAAUCCAUGUACUCUUUUAAGUAUUUCAACCCCAUGCAAACUAUGACAUUCCAUACACUAUACAACACUAACGAUAAUGUGUUUGUUGGUUCCCCAACUGGUUCAGGUAAAACUGUUGUUGCUGAAUUAGCUAUGUGGCAUGCAUUUAAGGAAUUUCCUGGAAAGAAAGUCGUUUAUAUAGCUCCAAUGAAGGCACUGGUUAGAGAAAGGGUCGAUGAUUGGAAGAAGAAAAUUACACCUGUUACAGGUGAUAAGGUAGUUGAACUGACAGGAGAUUCUCUACCAGAUCCUCGAGAUGUCAGAGACGCCACUAUAGUCAUUACCACACCUGAGAAGUUUGAUGGUAUUUCGCGUAAUUGGCAAACUCGUAAAUUUGUUCAAGAGGUUUCAUUAAUUAUUAUGGAUGAGAUCCAUCUACUUGCUAGUGAUAGAGGCCCUAUUUUAGAGAUGAUUGUGAGUCGUAUGAAUUACGUCUCCACCCAAACAAAGCAACCCGUCAGAUUAUUAGGUAUGUCUACAGCAGUUUCAAAUGCUCACGAUAUGGCUGGUUGGCUGAGAGUCAAAGAGAAUGGUCUCUUUAACUUUCCAUCUAGUGUGCGUCCGGUACCGCUGAAAAUGUAUAUUGAUGGAUUUACAGAUAACCUUGCAUUUUGUCCACUAAUGAAAACAAUGAAUAAACCUUCAUUUAUGGCUAUUAAACAACAUUCUCCUGAUAAACCUACUUUGAUUUUCGUUGCUUCACGUAGACAAACACGACUUACUGCUCUUGACUUAAUCCAUUUAUGUGGUAUGGAAUCAAAUCCUCGGAGGUUCCUAAAUAUAUCAGAUGAACAAGAGCUUGAGUAUUACAUUUCACAAGUUACUGAUGACACAUUAAAAUUAUCCUUACAGUUUGGGAUAGGGUUACACCAUGCUGGUUUGGUUGAGAAGGAUAGAACUAUUUCUCAUCAAUUGUUUCAGCAAAGCAAAAUACAAAUUUUAAUCGCAACUUCAACACUAGCGUGGGGUGUCAAUCUGCCCGCACACUUGGUUAUCAUUAAGGGUACUCAAUUUUUUGAUGCCAAGAUAGAAGGGUAUAGAGAUAUGGAUUUAACCGAUAUAUUGCAAAUGAUGGGUAGAGCCGGUAGACCUGCAUUUGAUACUAGCGGUACUGCUAUUGUUUAUACAAAAAACUCCAAGAAAAUGUUUUAUAAGCAUUUCCUGAAUAUUGGAUUCCCCGUAGAGUCAUCUUUGCACAAAGUGCUAGAUGACCAUAUAGGUGCAGAAAUCACGUCAGGCACAAUAACCAAUAGACAAGAAGCCCUGAACUUUUUAAGCUGGACCUUUUUAUACAGAAGAGCUCAUCAUAACCCAACGUACUAUGGUAUUGAAGGGGAUUUAUCUGUGGAAAAUGUGAGCAAGUAUUUAAGCAAGCAAAUUGAUGAAACGCUAUACAAUCUUGAAGAAUCAGGGUGUGUAGAGUUAAACGGUGAAGACAUUAUUCCUACACCUUUUUUGAGCAUUUCCUCGUAUUAUUAUAUUUCGCAUAAAACUGUCCGUACCGUGUUAAGAAAUAUCCACGGAAAUGCAUCUUUUCAAGAUAUAUUGAAAUGGCUCUCAUUAGCUGAGGAAUACAAUGAGUUACCUGUUAGAGGUGGUGAAGCCAUUAUGAAUAUUGAAAUGUCAGCUCAGUCUAGAUAUAAAGUUGAGGAUACAUUUGAAGGUGAUAUAGAGGUUAGCAUGAUAGAUCCCCAUGUCAAAGCGUUUUUGUUGCUGCAGGCACACUUAAGCAGGGUAGAUCUUCCUAUUGCAGAUUACAUUCAAGAUACUGUUUCUGUAUUAGACCAGUCUUUGCGUAUUUUGCAAGCUUUUAUUGAUAUAGCCAGUGAAAUGGGAUACUUGGCGACGGUAAUGACGUUGAUUAAAGUGAUGCAGUGUAUUAAGCAGGGAUGCUGGUAUGAAGAUAAUCCAGUAACACUUUUACCCGGUUGUGACAUACAAAGAUUCAAGGAUAUUGAGUUCCGUAAUAAUGGUUAUCCCACAAAGCCAAUAAAAACCAAAUUAACGCUACAGAAACUGGCAUCUAGCAAAUCCAACGAAUACAAACCUAUCAUCAGAGAGUUGAACGUAUCUCGAGAUUUUGAAUCUAAGUUUUUGAAUGUUGUGAAGCGUAUACCAGCUUUGACAAAUAUUAGAGUCUUAGAGCAAACAAACCCAUCACAUCUACAAAUUACGGCACAACAUGUAUCAGGUGUUUCUAGUAGAAAUAUGGAGGUUUAUUGUGACAGAUUUCCUAAGACGCAGAAAGAAUUAUGGUUUUGUAUUGGCUAUCAGAAUGAAGAAUUACUUAUAAUAAAGAGAUGCCAACCCAGAAAAACUGGAAAAAUCAUUGAACUAGAAUGUGAUUUAUUAAUACCAGAGGAAUUGUACGGAGAAAACCUGACGUUUACUAUAGUGAAUGAUGCGAUGGAUUUACAAUACACGGUGAACGUUCAAUUGCAAGAGGAGUUGUGA